AAUAUAAUAGUGAUUCUGGGGAUGAUUUGCCAAAUCUAACAAGAGAUAAGCAACGAGUCUUGCAAAAAUAUAAAUAUCUUAACCACUCUAAUUGCCCUAGAAAAGAAUACCUUUAUGCCUCAGAAAAUGUUCAACCUGAAGGAUGGCUACAAAAAAUUAAGAUUGAUAUGGAUGGUGAAUUGGAAAAAUUUGCAUUAUAUUCCGAUCCUUUAGAUAGAAUAGAAAAGGCUUUAGAACAAAAAUUAUUUGAUGGUUAUAUUGCUAAUACACAUCUUUAUACAUGGCAAAAAUUUACAGAUAUAAUACGUAAAAAGGAUGAGAUUACUGAUUCCUCGAAUAAAAUGAAAUGGAAACUUCUUCCAGAAAGAAUGCAUCCUUUCAUUGAUGAAAAAGUAAACAAGGAGUCACUUAUCACUCAUAUUGAGAAAGAUUCUAUAGAACUCUGGCUAUAUGAAUGGGAAGAAGAUAAAAAGCUGAAAAAUAAGUCUGUCUCAUAUGAAGAGAGUGAUACUGCAAUAAAAAUAGUAAAAAAACAAUUUCCUUUUCUGUCUUAUCAAAAUUCUAAUAAUGGCUUCGAUGUUUUUGAUAGAAUUUGGCCUAUAAUAUGUUCAAUCUGUGAAAAAGAGCACACAAGAGAAGCAGAUCAUAAUAAGAAAAAAGUUAUUCCUCGUUUAGAUAGAUUAAGAGCUUGGCUUCAGCAUAGAUCACAGUCUCAUUCACAAAAUAACUUUACUGCUAUUAGAAAGAACAUCGAAAUAUAUAAUGCUAAAACAAUGCAUAGCUAUAAUUUACAAGCUAAACUUAUGAGACAUUGUGGUGUUGGCAAAUCAAAUGAGACAGCAGAAGAAAUAAGAACACUUUGUCAUUCUGAUAGAUCUUCCGUUUCAACUCUUAUCAUAUCUGGUCGGCGUUCUCUUGCUCAUAGGCAAAAAGUUCUUUUUGAAGGAUUUAAGUCUUACUUUGAGCUGGAUACAAAAAAACUUAAUCCUAAAGAUACCCCUAAACUCAUUAUCAGUCCGGAAAGCAUUCACAAACUUGGAGCAACUGGCUAUAAUGUGAUUAUACUAGAUGAGUUUGAAACAAUUACUCAAAAUUUUAGUGGACCUACCAUGAAAAAACCAAAGCUAAGUCAUGAUAUAUAUAAAUCCUUGCUUCAAUCUGCAUUAUUAAUAUUGGCUUUAGAUGCUACAUUAGAUUCAGACUCGCUUCAUAUACGAGAUAAACAUCAUACUCUUAUACAUAUUAAUACCAAAAAAUGGAAUGUUGAAUUAAUUGGAGCUCUGAGACAAGGAUUAAAAGUCUAUAUUCCAAUGUUUGCUAGUGCAGAAAUGGCAGAGGCUCUUUAUAAGGAAUUAGAAUCUCAAGGAUAUCAAGGCAAGUGUUUUUCCAAACAACUAUUAGAAACUAAGAAAAAAGAAAUAUUUGCUGAUAUCAAUAAUGCAGUGACAAAUCUUGACUAUUUGAUAGCAAUUCCUGUAAUGACUUGUGGA